AUGUCUUCGUCAGAAUCCCUCUUUUUCACCCUCCCAAAACAGAUUCGGCGUGCCAUCGAUGGGGCUUUCGACGCGACAAUCAAACCAAACCAAGUUUCCAAGGCGAAUCGUAGGACACCGACUUCAACCAACACAGCUACUUCAAGCGGCGGCGGAUUUCUUGUCGAAGAGCCAGCCAGCGGUAGCUUCCUCGUAGAAGACGACAAUGAAGACGACUCUGACGCUGGGGAUGAGCUCGCUCAGAUUCCCCUGGAACUUAUCCCAGCCGCGCUCCAACGGCUCGACCUCCCACCAGACGACGACGAGGUUCUCGCUGUGUUCAAAAAUGCUGCAUCUGGCUGGACCUCGUCCUCCAUCCGACCCUCACAAGGCGACAACCCCCACGAGGAGACGUACGUGAGCAGAAGUGAUUGGCGAUCUGUGUGUGCCGUCUUGCUGGAGAACAAUCCCGAAGAAGACGAUGCCGAGAGGGGCGUUCCCAUGGACGAAGACGAAGACGAUGGAGCAAGUGACGAAUAUGUCGAAGAGAAGUCAAGUCCUGUGGAGGAUCUUUCUGGCGAGGCGUCCUCGGAUGAAUACAUGGACGGUCCAGGAAAGGCGUCAUCUUCCAAACGCCAAACGCGUGCAAGAAAACGCGCUUGGAUAUCUUCCCCCAUUGCAGAUUCUUCCGUCGACAACCUCCAAAAGCUGACCAGCCGACGGCGGCAAACUUGCUUGGCGACGUUCGCGUUGUUCUUCGAAGGCGUAUCCUCAGAGGAGCUGAUGAUUCAGAAGAUCAUGAUCAAGGAUCUACAGAGGGUCACGAAGCUUCUCAACGAGAAGCUGAAGGCGGAUGAGAUGAUUGAAAUGCUGGAGAUGUUUUCCACCUCACCCGACAAGUCGAUGAGUUUCGAUGAUUUUUGCAGGAUGAUGACAACAGCACGACUGGCAUGA